CUAUCACUGGCCGAGUCGCUGGGGCUGCCGGGCCGGGAUCUGGCCGUGAUCCACGUCAGCCUGGGCACCACCUACAGAGACCUGGGACAGCAUUCCCGGGCCCUGGAGCACUUCCAGAGGGAGCUGGAGCUCAGGAAAGGGGAGCCCCUGGAGGAGUGCCGGACGUGGCUGAACGUGGCUCUGAGCCGAGAGGAUUUAGGCGCCUCCCCGUCCCAGGUUGUCCCCGCCCUGCAGAGCGCCCUGGGCUGUGCCCGCGCCGCCGGCGACCAACGGCUGCAGCGCCGGGUGCUGCGGCGGCUCCGGGCUCUGCAGCUCCGGGCCGGGGACCCCGAGGGGGCUCUGGGGACCCUCCGGGAGCUCGGGGGGGACCCCGGGGAGGAGGAGGAGGAGGAGGAAGAAGAGGAGGAGGAGGAGGAAGAGGAGGAGGAAGAAUCGGAUUUGGAGCUGUCUGAGAGCGAGGAUGAGGACGAGGAGCUCGAGGGUUACCCCAAAAGUGUCCCUGGGAGGCGCCAAAGAAACAAGCAGUGGCAGCGCCGGAACGCGAAGGGCGAGACCGCCCUGCACCGCGCCUGCAUCGACGGCGACGCCAGGAGGGUUCGCCAGUACCUGCAGCAG